AUGAAGGAAGGAGGUGACUGCCAGCAAGGGGAUGAUCCCAUGAUGAGGGAGGACCAAAACCUGGCAGCAGAACCAGCAGAACCCGGCAAGCUAUCAGAGAAGCUCAAGGAAUUACAGACAAAAGCGAAGCAAGGAAUAGAUUGCCUGCCAGCGUCUCUCAGAUCGAAUGACGUGUUGUCCUUCUGCCGUCUCCUCCUUCCCGCGCUUUUGCAGCCUCUCCAGCCUGUACCUCAUCUUCACAAGGAGUCUGAUGCGCUCCUCGACUUGAAGAAAUUCUCGUCGUGGGAUCAGGCGUUCCCGGCGAUAUCGGACGCCUUUCAGGCAUGCGCUUCGAGUAUCGCCGAGGAGAUUCAGGGUAACGACUCUGGGGAUGGGAAGGAAGGAAAACCGGCCAAGGAGAGCUUGGUGGAAGGUGAUGUCUUGCGUCUUGCCGGUUGCGAAAGAUGCGGGCGAGUUGUUCUCCAGCGCAGGUUCGCCGCGCACUGGCAAGAGUGUUCGCAGAUCGAGUACGAGAAGGAGAGGCAGGGGAACGGGAACCUGAAGCUCAAGUUGCCCAACAAGCCGCAGCCCAAGCUCAACGUGCCCACUAAGUUCGGACUCCCUAACGUGAAUAAGGGAAGUGCAAUCCCGUCCAAGCGGCGCAAGGUGGAGGGAGGAGCAGGGGUGGAAGGCGGAGGAGCGCUGGAGAUAGAGAUCGAGGUGAUCACAUGCGACGGCUGCGGGCUCUCCCCGAUCACAGGAAGUCGCUUCAGCUGCAACGAAUGCGAUGAUUUUGACCUCUGCCAAACUUGCCAUGCGCGAGGUCUUCCUGCGGACCGGCACGACCCCUCCCACACCUUCUGCCUCGUUGCCAUUCCCGUAGUGUCUGCUCCCAACGCCGAGAACGUGAACCCAGGGGGAAGCCCGUCAGGCAAGGGAGACUUGAUGAAGCCCAAGAAGACCAACGCCAUGGACCUCGACCGCAUCUGCGGGGUGAUGCUCGAGACCGGCGGCAGGUGCAUGCGGACCAUCGACUGCAAAGCGCACACGCAGGUAGCGAAGCGCGAGGUGACGGGGCGGUCGCGACCCUAUGACGACCUGCUGGCCGAGAGGAAAGCGUUCAAAGCGAAUCAGCAGGCCGCCGCCCUCGCUGCUCCCAACGGUGCCAUGGCGCUCCGCCCGCACAAGGGAAGGAACGACCUUGGGGACGAGGAAGAGAUUGGCCCCUACGGCCUGAUGGGGAGGAAGAGGAAGCUGGAGAGCAUCGAAGCGGGUUACGAAGAAGCGAGGAGCAGGCUAGAAGUCGACGGAGAGCUGUUCUCGAGGUGCCUUGCUCAUGGCGCGAUUAGUGAGCCCCCUCAUGUGCUCGCAGACUUCCGUCCUGGGAGGAGAUGCUUGAUCGCUCCUCUAGCUUUCAAGUCAUUUCCGCUGAGAACGAUCUCAGCAUUUGACAUCUUUAGCCGGAAAGAGAAAGGUUCGCUUAUGGCUGUUCAGCUUUAUUGGCCAAGCGUAUGCUCCACCUUUGCCGUUUCUCGGUUGCGGAACCUUCAGAAGAAGGCAGUCAACAGGGCUCCUGACGAUGCCUCCUCCAAGUCCUCCUCCAUGCCGCCUACGCCCACAGAAGCUGCUCGGGCGCUUUCUGGGGGGCAGGAGGCGUUGCCGCCGAAGGUGAUGGUCAAGCCGGCUGUCAACGGACAGCCAAAGAAGAAGACAAAGGGGGCCCAAAAGCUGUCAGACUCAGCAGCCUCCUCCCUACCCUACCAAGAAGCCCCGGGAGCCAACCUUGCUUACGCCGCCAACAAAAACAAGCCCAAAGGAGGUCCGAAGGAUCUGAGCAGGUGGAUCUUGCGUCCUCGACCUCCUUCCUCUCACCUUGUUUCUUUCCAUAGGACGCAAAAUAUCCGCCAGGUUCCCGUAGCUCGCUUCUCCUCUCCUUACCUUGCGCAGCCCCCCAACCAGCAGCUCCGCGUCCGACAAGCCUUCAAGUGGCCGUACAACCUCAGAAAGAAGGUCAUAGACAAGACCCUCGUACGCAGGCCUCCCUUCACUGUCAUGCUGCCUAGCGGGCUCGAUGUGAAUACCGCCAUGGUCAUCCUCGACCUCAACGACAACGUCAGGCUCGGCACAGAGCACGAUCGCGCUCCUUGCAAGCCGGAGGAACACAAGGUUGAAAAUCGCUCGGACCUCAUCCAGGUCAUUUUCCACCGUCGCAGCUCCAACCAACAGGCUACCGUCUACGUGGACAGCCUAUGCUCAAGGUGUCUCCAGUGUUUUUUUGUCACAGACGCGGGCUCUCGGGCUCCCCCUCCAGCUGGAUCGGUGCCGGGAGCUGCUGCUGCAGGAGCUGCUGCAGGAUCAGCGGGAGGGGCGAUGGGAGGGGCGGGGGGGGCGAUAGGAGGGGCAAUAGGAGGAGUAGGAGGGCAGAUGACAGCAGGGGGGAGAGGAGCUGCUCCUCGCCUCUCAGCUGCCUCCCCAGCUGCUCCUCGCCUCUCAGCUGCCUCCCCAGCUGCUCCUCGCCUCCCAGCUGCCUCCCCAGCUGCUCCUCGCCUCCCAGCUGCCUCCCCAGCUGCUCCUCGCCUCCCAGCUGCCUCUUCGGCUGCUCCCACGCACUGGCCUCCCGGUCGGAUGGGUCGAGGGGGCGGAACGAGUUAG